AUGUAUGUUCUUGCACACGACCAGUUCGCUCGGGCCUCAGGCGUCGGUUUUUUUAAAUUUCAAGGCGAAAACGUCUGGAAUGCCUUCAACAAGGAACUAGGUGGCACGGUACAUUGCCUAACGUCGGACGGCACUGCGGUGAUUGCCUCCUCCUCCCCCUCCUCCUCCUCCUCCUCCUCCUCCUCCUCCCCCUCCUCCACCUCCUCCUUCUCCUCCCCCUUCCCCACCUUUUAUGUCCCCUCCCGUUAUAUGGAGUCAGUCCCCGCCCAAUUUCCGGGAUGUCCCCGUCCAAAGUACCGUGAUUGGUGGGGAACAUGCCGACAGUCCUUUCAGGUGACGUUGCUGAGUCAUGGAUUGAUGUCACCAUCAGCCCCUGGUUGCAACUUCAGUAUAGGGCUUGGGACACGAGGCGCUUCACUGUGCCAAAAAAUAGGCGUGGGAUGGGCGGGACAGAUGGAGGUUGACCACAGUCUUUAGCUCUCUGUCUGCCGCAGGCGUACCGUUUAAAGACUUUGCUAUAAAUGGGAGUACGAGCUAUGCACGCACAACCCAGGACUACUUGGUGACUGAGAAUUAAUCAAGUCAUACCCAAGGCCGCUUCGCCAGAGCGUCCUAGUUGGGCAUUAAGGUGCAUCGACCUCUACCAGCAUCGUUCGCUUCCCCGAUCUGCAGGGCGUUCGACCGGCAAGGCUGAAAUAUAACUCCCCCCCCCUCCCAGAAAUCCAUGCUUACAUUAUUGCCGCUCACCUCCGUUGGGCAGUUGUCUGCAUCUGGUCAUCGACCUCGGAAAUGGUUCUUUUGGCAGUCUGUUCAUCAUACUCAUUUCCUUAGACUACAGUGGCCCGGUCGACGUUUGACUAUCUACACUGAAAAUGAUGCAUUUGGAAUUACGCUUAUCUUGCAUAUCUGCUUGCUGGUGGCGUAUAUCAUAAAGCCUCAGAAAAAGAAAACAUGACAACUUUAUGCGGCAACAUAACAUGAUGACGUGGGCAAGGUUUAAUGCAUCAACGACUCAGGACUUAUCAAGAGAUGCACGGUUUGGAAAUGUGCGCGAUAUUAGGUGAAAACAUCAAUAAGCAUCUGGACCUUCCUGGGGCUUACAAGUCCUGCACCAGUAUGUUGGUAGAGGUCAGGACCAGACGACCACACUAAACUGGAGAAGGCCGCGCAGGCACAGCCCGACGACGAGUUCAUUCGAAGAGGAGGAAAAAUAGCUGCCAAACCGAUCAACCCCGACUGAGGCUCAAUCACCCCUCCCCCCCGAAGAGGUGGUGACUCACAGCGCACGCGGCUAAAGGGCCCGCCAAACAUCUCCCAAAAGACCGAGGCAGCGAAAGACGCAAAAAAUCGAUCAGCAUGCGGCCAACCAGCGCAGCAUGCCACUUCUAUUUCUGUUCGAUUAAUUGCAUCUUACACCUUGACAAUGGCGAGCCGACCAGGCUCUCUGAGACGUUAGCAUUCCAAUAAAUCUGUCCGGGUGAACGCACCUUAUUUCUCAAAUUAUCAACCCAGAUCUCUCGACUUCGCCAAACUGACUGUGGUUUCUGUACGCGACAUUUGGAUCGAUAUGUAAUUCUGUGUGCAGCCUAGAGGGAUACCUUUUCUUGAGAAACGGCUGGCCUUUCCAGGCUGGACCGACGUCAACAACAGUAGUUUCGUUCUAGGCAAAGGAGUGUUUUGUGUCUGGUGUCGCAUGGACAGGUGGUCUCAGCCUGUUUCGUGUUCGUGGGUUAUGUCCCUAAAACGGGCUACGCGGUUGAUGCGCUGGACUAACACGGAAGUCUAAGGCUCUGACAGGGGUACUGGGAAAUGCGCACCCAUAACAGAUGCCAACGUUGCGGGGUGUGGUGUCAGGCCCAGUCGCAGGCUUAGUCCGUGCCAGGUGGGAUCCAAGCCACUCCCCAGCUGUCAUUGUCUAGAAUAGAAGCGAAGAGACGAGUCCCAGGAAGUAGUCUUGAAGAAGGAGACACGAUCGCUGGGACAAGAGCUUUAUUAGCCUGACCUUUCGGGUUCCUACUCAAACCCAAGAACGUUUCGGACACUGUCGACCGCCUUCUCGCACCACUUGGGGUUGGGGCUGCAGACAGACCGGAGGCAACCAACAGGCGUCAGGUAAUGAAACCGAAAGACUCACUGCCACGGCUAGAAACGUUGCAUUGCCCCUAAAACGGACCACGCGGUAUAUGCGCUGAACCAACGGCAGGCAUUAUCCGGAAUGCGCACCCCUAACUAAUACCAACAUUAGGAUGUGGUGGCAGACUCAGUUGUCGGCUGACUCCGCGAUAAUCGGGAUCAAUGCCACCCCCACUCCCCGCCAUUUGUGUUGUGGUAUACAAUUUCGGCAAAGUGUUUGUUGUGGAGCAGGGGGCGUGGUGGCACGCCUAGGUGCGGAUUUCGCCCUGCCAGUCACCUGCGUCCUCUCCUGCUUCCAGUCCUCUUGAGUCUGUCGUGACAGUCGGUCCAGGUGGAGGAGGAGGAGAGAGGGAGGUGGGUGCUGUGCUAGGCUCAAAGAAUAUGCAAUUCCAACUAAGCGAACAGAUCGAUAAGCUUAAACACUACGGUCGCUAUUUUGACGAUAUCUUUGCCAUUGCCACUGCAGAAACCGAUGUAGCAACCCUCUUAGAUGCGGCAAAUCAGGCACAUCCGUCGAUCAAAUUCACGCUGGAGAUGGAAACGGCCGGUUCGCUCCCUUUCUUUGAUGUUCUUCUAAGCAGGAGACCUGACGGGAGUGUCCGAAGAAGCGUCCAUCGGAAGAAAACCCGGUCUGGACAAUACACGAACUUUGCCAGUUCCGUACCCCUCCAACAAAAACGAAAUCUAAUCCGAUGUCUGGUACAAAGAGCAAGAAAAAGUUGCUCAACAGAUAGCAUCGAGGAGGAGCUCAGAAAAAUCCAGGACUUCCUUCGCGAAAACGGAUAUCCUGAAAGGUUUAUUGAAAAGAAUAUUGCUGAACGACCGAUCAAAACCGCCACCUCGACCACCGAAAAGAAGACUUUGUUCCUCAAGGUCCCUUUCCAAGGGGACGCCGCGAGUGAACUCCUAAGGAGACGCUUUGAUCAAGCUCUCUCGCGAACCUUCCCAGCAGCAAGGGUUCAAAUAGCAUUCUCUACUAAUCCGAUUUUACGCGGAGAAGGUAAGGAUAAGUUGCCACCGCAGACCACUCCAAUGUGCAUAUAUUCCUUCACUUGCUCCUGUGGAGCAGGUUGUAUUGGUCGCACGAGUCGGCGCUUAUCCAAGAGAAUACGCGAGCACCUUUCCGCAUGGCUGGCAAAAGGUGAAACUAGGAGAAUAGACAGCGCCAUUCUCGCGCAUGUUGUCGAUUCCGGACAUCGUGUGGACCCCAACGAAGCUUUUCGCGUAAUUUAUAAGGUCCCAUCGAACUACCCUAAGCUACUAGGCCAGCGCCUGUUAGCGACAGCGGAAGCAGCCGCCAUUAGGCUACGAAAGCCAAUCUUAUGCGCGCAGAAGAACCACGUUCAGGCUCCGCGCCUACAGUGGUCGAAGGUCGACUAACGCUGCUACACUUCGAGCCCUUCCGCUCUCACCCCGCCCCUGACAAUGACUGCUAUUACCCACCCCCCCCCACACAUUCCCACACCCCGCCCGUGUUUUAAGUAGAACUUUUAUCGAUUUUUCUUAUCGCUGACAUGUUUUUCUUCUACCCCGUUCUCAUAUAACUGUACUGGCCCGACGAGAAUUUAUCGAAAGCUACGUAUGCUUGCCACCUCGUCUUCUGAUAUGCAAUUCAAUCCGACUGUUUCUACCACUACACAGCAAUUUCCACAAAACUGGUGUGAGGCCGUGGGGUGGCUGAUUCAGAGCUCCCAGGGCUCACCUGAUGAAAUCUCCUCAUGAGAGCCUGAUGAUGGCUGUAGACGCACUUCUAGCCUAGGCUUUCAGACCCCCUGGUUCCCUCACACCCAGAAACACGCGCCCAGUAAGGCGCAACAAACCCGCACUUCCAAGUUUUCACAGAGUUUUUUGUCCACUGCGGGAGAAUUUGCUUCUGAAAAUCUUAGUGGUUUUUGUGGCGAGUAUCUGCGUGAAUAGGAAACGCGAGCCGGGUUCUCAGCUGCUCUGGGGGAGGGGAGGGGAGUGGCGCGGCAACAGGAGAGCAUGGGCGCGAAGGCAAUCGGAGCUACGAGCCACGGUCAGCCAAUAACACCACAAACACACUUCAACUGGCAAGAAGGUAUGCGGGGGAGGGGGAGAGAGGUUAGGCAAUGAACAGAAGCUGCCUGGCGGCCAAAAAUAGAGUUAAAAACUCAGACACGGAAAUCUGCACCAAAAUUCAUGAGCGCAACAAACGAAACAUCUGUUGGGACGAAAGGACUGGGAGGAAACUGUUUUACUUCGUUUUUUUUAAACAUCAAAUAGACCAAUUUCCCGCAGGUGGCGAGCAAUGGACUGAACCCCUAGCAUAUGGUUUUGGUUAAAAAGGACUGUUUAAAUGAGACUAUAACAUUGUGAGAUAAUACAGGGACGCCAGACGCAGAGGAUAAUUGUCCCAUUCACCUGCAAAAAUUGCGUCUCUUACGAAACAACUACUUAAUUAGGACGCAUUUUGCCAGUCAUUUGUAAUUAUCGUAUAAAUCUAACUGUCUUCUAUUGGUAGGAUGUGCGUAAAAUUAAUUUUUGUGCUCAGCCUGAAGAAAGGCUAUCGACUGCCUUUAAUAAAUGUCGUAAUAAUGAGAACGUUUGGGAAGUUGGAAUGGUUUUUUCCGGUGACCAUAUUUGAACGCUUGACAGUAGUGAGUCCGGAGUAAAAACGCGAUCCAAGUCCAUUACAAAAUCGUAUGAGCACUUUGUAACCUCUCUGGGUAAGUGAGAAGUAUACAGCCUACAUUUUGAAGACCCCCAAACUAAAUCCUGUAGCAAGUCAGGUAUAUACUCAAACGAGAAGGCCUAAACCCCUUUAUAACCGAGAGGCAUCUUCUAUUUUCCAGAUUUUUAAUCUCUUAAGAAAUUAGUUGUGCUAACUUGGCGACUUGGCCCAAAAUUUGAUAAGAAUAUCUAAACUGAAAUCUACCAGCUUCAGCGAUAUAACCGCUUUAUUUCCAUGUCCUGACAACGGGUAAUUAAUGGCAUUCUAAUGUUAUAUUAUUCACCCUACUGACGUUUGCGUACCGACAGUUCGACCGUCGACCUCGACUAUGUCGACCUUGUGCUCCAAAACAGGUUGAAAGCAGGGACGGUGAGUUGUGUGUGAACAAGUCUAUAGUGAUAGCGGAUUUGCGCAGCGCCUACCGCACUCCCUCCUCUUCCUCCUCCCGCGCCUGGAUCCGGUGUUAAGACUGAGCCAAGAAGACCGUAGGUGGUGGUGGGCGCAAGUGGCUGGCAAGGCGUAAACCUGCACCUAGGCGUACCACCACACCUCCUAGUCUUUUACGGACAUUGACCAGGAGUUUAUGCCACAACACAAAUGGGGGACGGGGGGUGCCGGGAAUCCUGGUUGGCGCGGCGUAAACCAGUAACUUUGUCUGCCACCACUUCCAGGUUGCUGGCAUCAUUUAUGGGUGCACAUUCCCGAUAAUGUGUGCCGGACUCCGGUCUAGUCGUGACUUUAACCAUAUUUAGGGGAAGUUAAUCACCCAGUCUACUGCAACGCAUGGAAUCCAACAAAUUUGGUACAGUUAGCUGACUGCCCAAGCAGGAUUUCCUAAGCAGUCCAUCUGCAAUCAACCAGAUGACUACCAGGUUCAAUUAAUUACUGGAUGUUUUGACAAAUUUACAUAAGUGGGAAAAAAACUUGAUUGCCUCAUGAACAUAAUGCAUGCAAAUGCCGUGAAUGUGUUGUUCGCUGUUAUUUUACAAAUUUUCCACCUUUGAACACUUUCGUUUCACUAGCAGUUUUAUGCAUUUUGCAUACUAAGAAUGCCCGUAAAUAUUUGCAAAUCAAAUGCUUUUCAUGCAGACCUGUAUCGUUCAAAUGGGGUUUUCAAGGGCCUCCGUCAUUUACUCCAAUUACGACAGUUUGACCGUCGUGAAGGACCAUGCCCACUGUGUGCUCCACAGCAGGGUGAGAACAGGAACAGUGGCUUGUUUGUGAAUUAGUUUAUAAUGAUAGUAGACUUACACAGCAGCUGUCGCUCUCCCUCCUCCUCCUCCUCCUCCUCCUUCUCUGACGGGGCCCGGUGUUAAGACAUAUUUAAGAAGACCGAAGGCAGGAGAGGGCGCAGGUGACUGGCAUGGCCGGGCCCGCACCUAGGCGCACCACCUCACCCCCUGGUCCGCAACAAACACUAACCAGGAUUUUAACCAAUGACGAGAAGAGUGACGGCUGGCGCGGCCGCAGCCGCCUCUGGGCGUACUGCCACGCCCCGCCUCGCAUCCCCGCGGAAUGGGAGUGUCACAAGGGCCACAUUAAGAAGGAGCCAUUGCUGCCUGACUCUCAGACUCUCUCAGUCCUCCGCCUCCGCCUCCUCCUCUUCCUCUUCCUCCUCCUCCUCCUUCUCUCCUUCUCCUGCUCUUGCUCCUCCUUCUCCAGCUCCUGCUCCUCCUUCUCCUACUCCUCCUCCUCCUCCUGCUCCUCCUCUGACUAG